AGCGGCGCCGCCGCCGCUCGGUCAGAGUGCCGCCGCCCGUCGCCCGCAGCGGUCGCAUCGCAGGAGUGCUCGCUCGCUCGUGCGCGCACGCCACAGAGCGUUUGGUGGCAGUGACUCGUGCCCCGCCGGCUCGGCGGCGUUAUGUGCAGCGCUAUGGUUCUACCGACACUAGGCAGGACUUUCUUCAGGAAUAACGAGCCGCAGCUUUCGAGCAGCGUGGGCUCCAGCAUCGCCGCCGCCGACACACUGGGCAAGACGGAGCCGCACGCAGAGUACGACUUCUACAACCUGGCCGCCGGCGGGCUGGACAUGGACUCGGACGCCGACAUGUCCAACAGCAUCGGCCACAUCCUCAGCACCCUCGGCUCGCAGCUGGGCCGGGCCGCCGACCCGGCGCACCACACCGGCUUCGGCAGCGAGCUCCGACACUGGCCGGUCGAUGAGAAACGCGUCAGCGAGCCCAUCUGGGGUGAGGAGCUACAUCAUCACCAACAGCAUCACCACCACCACCACCAUCAGCAGCAACAGCACCAGCAGCAGCACUGUUACCGGACAUCAGACCUCCCCAGCUCCCCGGACCACUUCAGUGACUCUGGCGCCGAGCUCUUUGACUCUGACUCGGACGUCCGGACUCCGCCGCAGCCACCUCAGACGGACUGUCUGCCCUCGCCCCAGCCGCCACCGCCUCCACCACCGACCACCCAGCUGCGGCCGCGCAUCAGCUCACACGAAGAUGAGGAGGACGCACUGCUCGGUCUGCAGGCUCUCCACGGUCUGCAGCCGCUGCACCCCGGGUCAGGCAUUGCCGGGGGGCACGGUCCGACGCAGACACACGACGUUGACCUCGACAAGAUGGUGACGGACUACCUGGGAGACCCGGAGGAGCUGUACCAGCAGGCACUGCGGUUAGACGAGCUGGCCGCCGCCCUGACCCGGGUGAGCCCCUCCCCGGCCCCGGCUGCUGCCCCGGUGAACGACAGCCGCCCGCUGGGCCCGGCGCCUGCCCCGGCACGACCCAGCGCGCGCUGGGCCGGCCCCGAGGGCGGCUCCUCGAUCCUGGAGGGAGUGCUUCGCGGCACCCUAAGUCCGGCGACGCGGGUCACGUCGCCACCCACCCGACCACUGCCACACUGCUAUCCGCCCGGUGGCUUUCACGGGUACACGAGCGGCGGAGGCCUGGCGCCCGUGCCCCCGCGGUACCCGUGUGACGCCCCCGCCGGCAGCCCGGUCCGCAUGGACUGCGCCCUGUCGCCAGUAACCGGCUCUCAGGACGUGUUCAGUCCACCCGGUCCUCUGACCUCGCCCCAGUCGCAGUCCAAGAAGGAGGCCGCGCGGAAAAGAAAGUACGCCAAGCGGAAUGCUGCCGAGGGUGAUGCACCUCCCUCGCGUGGGCGCCUCCUGCACUUCUGCCACAUCUGCAGCAAGGGCUUCAAGGACAAAUAUUCGGUGAACGUGCACAUCCGCACCCACACCGGUGAGAAGCCGUUCCAGUGCAACCUUUGCAACAAGUGCUUCCGGCAGAAGGCGCACCUGGCCAAGCACGUGCACAUCCACAGUUCGCCCAAGACGCCGCCAGCCAAGCGCUAGAGCGGGCCGGUAUGGUGGGGCGAUGCGUUCUGAUGCGGACGCCAGCAGUGUUACCAUGGUGUGAAGUUACCGUUUAGCUUAGACCCCUGUCUGGCACGCCACUCAGGAGCAUGGCUGCCGAGCUGACGCUGUGAUUUGUUAUCGGGGCGUGCCCGCGCGACCUUUCUUUGUUCUUGUUACGCAUGCGUGCUUGUGUUAAUGUUAAACUCUUGUGUGUGACCGUAGGUGGGGCAAGGCCGAUUCAGGCUAGAUUAUUUUCACAAAGAAUCGUGAAAAGGCAGUGCCUUGCUAGGUAGUGUGGUCAUGCACGACUGACACGGGGUUAUCAUGCCCCGCUGAGCGCUGCAUACUAUUCAGACAUUGAAGGGGGAUCGUAUUUCUGCGGCGGCUAUCGCGGGCCACAUAACUCGGGCCUGCCGGACUCGUUUGGCCGUCUGCCAUGAGAGGCGCCGUGGCUCCUCUCCCCCCUGCGACACAGGGCGUCCUCCGUCGGUAACUUCCGCAGCCGGCACCGCCCUACGUCGAACUUUGCAGGCAGAGGCGCCGCGCCGCGGCCGGCAGUGCGCGCCGCUCCAGUACAAAGUGCCGACGGCGCCGCCACACCCAGGGCGUGGCAGGUGGGCCCGGCACCCACCCCGCCCCCUGUACCUACCGCCGGCCGAGCCACCAGCCGGCCGGCACGUCUAUUCAGAACGGGAAGCAUUGCGUGGCGCUAAACACUCAAUAAUACCGGGGAUUUUCAUCCGUACUUUCUUGAAGUAUUUUCUAUGGAUUGUCUGUAAAAUUAGUUGAACAAUGGUCUGCCAGAUCUUUAAAAAAAAUUGGAAUGAUCGCACCGCAGUGCUUCCCUAAACGUUUUGGUGGAGGUGUAUAUUUAUAUCGGUAUUUUCAAUGCUCCGAUGAGAUAGAUAGCAAGUUUGAAAUUGCAACUUGGUUGCCAACAUCCUAUUCUUACCACAAACACCCAAACAUCGAUCCAUACCAAAUUUCAAUAUCCUAAGGAAGGACUAAUGCGCAUCAACACAAAAUUAGCAGCUCACGCUUUUAAGAAAUGUCCCUCCACACAAUGAAACAGCUAAGAAUGAGAGCUCAAAGUUACCAUUGUUGCCCCAGAAUGCUACAUAAGAAGGACUCGGUUGAUGAGAACACGUAUCUACCUAUGUCAAUUUUUGCAUAGAAUCUUCAAAAGGAAGUAUGGGGAAGUAUUUUACCAAUCUUGUCAGAUAUUUUGAAAAGAAUGGCUAAUUUAUUCAUUCUAAGUGUGCUUUAUUUAUUUUAAUUGUAAAAGCGUGGCUGAGGGAAGGCCGCGCUAUGUUACCGGAGCUACGAUUUAGGAUUAGCGAAACGCAGACUGCCGGACGACUGCCGACGAAAACGAUUGUGAUUGGGAACGGAAGUUACCGCCCGCUACCCACAGCGACUGUACCACCCGAGACACCAGGUUCGGUGCCUCGUGUACCGUGGGCAACUGAGCCACCAGUGUAGAAAGUGUAUAUAUUGUGCUGUGCCUGUGUGUUUCAGACAAAAUUUUAUAUCGUUCAAUACAAGACAAUGUCUGUAAAACACGAUGUGUGUAUAUGAAGGCACAGUUAUGCUUCGCCUGAUGUUCUAAAUAAAUAAAAUUCUGAAGCAAGCA